AUGGCUUCGGAUCCACCAAUUUGCGUUCACAUCUCCAAAGAGUGCCGAAUCGAAGAUACCACCUACGGCUAUCGUCCCAAUCUCGGCGGCAACAUUUUCUUAGCCGUGAUAUUCGGAAUCGCUUUUUUCGCCAACAUUUUCCUUGGCAUUCGCUUUCGCAUCCGCGCUUAUGCAAUUGUCCUUACCCUAGGCUGCUUAGCCCAAGCCUUGGGCUACAUAGGACGCGUUGGGAUGUACUUUCGACCAUUCGACGCCAUACCCUUCCAAGCUCAAAUCUGCUGUCUCAUUAUUGGUCCUGCAUUCAACAGUGCAGCUAUAUAUCUCAUGCUCAAGCACAUUGUUGCUCUUUUUGGUGCCAAGUGGUCUGUUUUGAAACCAAAGUGGUACACAAUCAUCUUCAUCACUGCAGAUGUUGUAUCGUUGGUUUUACAAGCUGCUGGUGGAGGUAUUACUGCGACCGCGGAUUUUAAGGACAAAGACACGAUCAACAUGGGCAAUAAUAUCAUGAUGGCGGGUAUUGCCUUUCAGGUGGUGACACUGUCGAUCUUUGCGAUCCUGGCAACUUUGUUCUGCGUCAGGCGAAUGCGAGCUCUCACCACGAACCCUCUUGAAGGAAAUUCGUUACAGGCCUGGCGCACCCUUCGAUUUCGACUGUUCUUGGGCGGACUUGCGACUGCAUUUAUGGCGAUUUAUAUCCGUUGCGUUUACCGCAUUGCGGAGAUGAGAGGUGGCUGGGGAAAUAAGCUAAUGAGGGAGGAGAUUCCUUUUAUCAUCUUUGAGUCAGUCAUGAUUGUGAUCGCGACUUUGGCGCAGACUAUUCUACAUCCUGGAUACUUCUUCCCGUGGUUUGCAGACCAGACCCCCAAACUUGAUGCUGAAAGCUCUUACACGGAACUGUCUGUUGUCUCCGGAUCACGAAUGGGAUUUGAGGGGUCAAAAUGAUUAAACUGCGCAGCACGAGGGACAGAUACACCAGGAUUGGGAAAGCUUCAUUAAGUUGUAUAGACAAUGAGUUGUAAAAGU